CGAGAGGGCUCGAGGUCACUUGUUUUAUUUACCAAGCUCGCUGCUUUGCCGACUUCCCCGCACGGAGAAUUCCCCGGAUUCCUUCCCCUUUGCUUAAUUCCUUCAACCCUGCCUCUUCGCUGGUACUUUCUCUUCUAACCCCUUAUUCGGUAUACGUUAAGUCGAGCGGAUUGUCAGUGUCUGGACCAAUCAUCACUGCGAACAUACAGGGCGCAAUCAUCUUCGCAGUCGCGCAUUCUCGUUCUCGCUUUAUACAUCAAUCUCCAAUUGAGUGACGCCAUCACCGAGGUACAAUCACAUCCGAGUUACAAUGGUCUUCCUGCCCGACCAGCGAUUCGGCCCGCUGGGCCAUGUCCCGGACGACCUCCCGAUCAGCGAGUUCAUGCUGAAUGAAAAGUAUGGACGAGUGCCACACGCGCAGUCACGAGACCCCUACACAUGCGGCUUGACAGGCCAGACGUACUCGUCGCGCGAGGUCGUGGACCGGGUUGAUCACAUUGCGCGCGGUCUUGCGAAGGAAUUUGGAUGGUCCCCCAACCAGGGAACGGAAUUCGACAAGACACUGGCCGUCUUCAGUGUGAACACGAUUGACUCGUUGCCUUUCUUCUGGGGUGUACACAGACUAGGCGGUGUUAUCUCGCCCGCUAAUGCAGCAUACUCGGCCGCCGAGUUGAAGCACCAGAUUUUGGAUUCUGGCGCAAAGGCUCUUUUCACCUGUGUUCCGCUGCUGUCGGUCGCUUUGGACGGUGCCGCCCAGGCUGGGUUACCCAAGAGCAAGGUCUAUUUGAUCGAUGUGCCUGGAGCUAUUCUCGGAGGCGCAAAGGUCCCAACUGAAUUCAAGUCCGUUUGCCAGCUGGCCGAAGCUGGCAAGUCGCUCCCGGCGUUGGAGCCGUUGAAGUGGGGACCUGGAGAGGGAGCACGACGCACUGCAUUCCUAUGCUAUUCCAGUGGAACAUCUGGACUGCCAAAAGGUGUGAUGAUUUCCCACCGGAACGUCAUUGCAAACACACUUCAGAUCCAGGCAUUCGAAAAGAGCCAUCGUGAUGCAAAGCAACCCAAGGAUGGAUCUGUAUACUCCGAUGUCAGCCUUGGCCUGCUCCCGCAAAGUCAUAUUUACGCCUUGGUCGUUAUCUGUCACGCGGGUGCUUACCGUGGCGAUCAAAUUAUCGUCCUGCCUAAGUUUGAGCUCAAGUCAUACCUCACUUCGAUCCAGAAAUUCAAGAUCACAAGUCUCUUCCUGGUUCCUCCAAUUAUCAUCAACAUGAUCCGCAGCCAGGACGUCUGUUCGAAGUAUGAUCUGAGCUCCGUGAAGACUCUUUUCACGGGAGCUGCUCCCUUGGGUAUGGAGACUGCGGCCGAUUUCCAAAAGAUCUACCCCAAUGUUCUCAUUCGCCAGGGAUACGGUCUCACCGAAACAUGUACCGUUGUCAGCUCAACGCAUCCCGACGAUAUCGUGCUCGGCUCUUCCGGCUGUUUGAUCCCUGGGUUCGAGGCCCGCAUCAUGUCUGCCGAGGGUCAGGAGAUCACUGCCUACGAUACCCCGGGCGAACUAGUUGUGCGCUCCCCCAGCGUGGUACUGGGAUACCUGAACAAUGACAAAGCUACCAAGGAGACCUUUGAAGACGGAUGGAUGCGCACCGGCGACGAGGCAGUCGUCCGCAAGGGUCCCAAGGGCACAGAGCACGUCUUCAUCGUCGACCGCAUCAAGGAAUUGAUUAAGGUCAAGGGUCUACAAGUAGCCCCCGCCGAGCUGGAAGCACACCUCCUCACCCACCCGGCCGUAGCAGACUGUGCCGUAAUCGCUAUUCCCGACGACGCAGCCGGAGAAGUCCCCAAAGCCAUCGUCGUGAAGUCAGCUUCCGCCGGCUCCGACAAAGAAGCAGCCGAAGCGAUCAAGAAACACGUUCAGGACCACAAGGCUCGUCACAAGUGGUUGAAGGGCGGUGUUCGCUUUAUCGAUGUGAUUCCUAAGAGUCCUAGUGGGAAGAUCUUGCGUCGUUUGUUGCGUGAUCAGGAGAAGGAGGCUAGGAGAAAGGCUGGUGCCAAGAUUUAGAGUUGGCCUUUCGAUUUUUCAUUGUUGCGCGAUUUGUGUCCCGAGUUCAAGCGAGAGUACAUUUUGGAUGUGUGUGGACACUUGAACGUUGUAUAGUCAAUAGAACGAAUACAGAUAUAUAGGAC